AUGCUAGACUCUCCGACGAGCCAGGGUUUGCUUCAGCAGUUGCAGAUUUCGCUGAGCUUGCUGAUGGAAGAUGCUGCUUCUCUUCCCCGCGCGCUGGCGAACCGCCUAAGCUUCUACGGCACAGCUCUUCAUACACUUUACAAAAUUCUAGAAAGUGGACACUGCAGCAGCUGCCCUGAAGGCAGCAAGCCAUGCAGCUUCUGCCGCGCUGUCAUGUUCAGAGAUUUCGUACAUGUCACUAUUCAGGGCUUGGGACUUAGCAGCGAUACCCUUCCAGACUCGCUGUCUUGGGCAGAGUUUAGGGGGCAAGAUUUUCUUCUUUUCGCGGAGACUGCUUCGGGCCCUGCACUCUUGGGAGUCGAACUUGACCUUCACACGGACAUGUUGACCCGCUCUUCUCCCCGCCGGAGGCACUUGUCUCAGCUGGCGACUUAUGCCACAACAUGUCUGAAUGCUCACAUCAGCAGCAUGGUGGUGAAGCAGAAGAGCAGCCGCUCCCAUUGCUACGGGCUGAACAGCUACAUGAAAUCCCUCGUGCAGACCUUGCCAAUGGACAAGUUCGCGCCUCUUAUGAAUGCUAACGAAUUCAGAGACGCCGUCAUCGAGGGCUGCAAUGUUCGAGUCGAAGACGCCGUUACUUCUUGUCUUGAGGGGGACGGAGAAUUGCUGGCACUGCAGCGUCUACCUGGAUUUAAAGCGGAUGGCCGCAGCGCCAUUUAUGACUACGUCCGCUCUCUGGUAUCUCCAGGUACAGCUUCAGCAAUUAUGUUGCCCCAAGUGCCUUUUCGGUGGCCCUUAAACGCCCCAGCUUUCGAUCAGACACAUUUAUUCAUUCACGCGUUUGCUGCUGUCACUGCAGCACCGCUGGGAAGCAUUCAAGAUGAUCUCUCAGCGAUAGACAUCGGCAGCAGGCCGCAUGUCUUGUCAGCCGCCCCCACCCUCAGCGAGUUUCUCAGCCUCUUGGCAAAGGAGGCGAGCAGUAGUAGGACUCGGCCGCUGGUGGAUUAUCUCUUCCGUGACGAGGGCAGCAGUCAAACUUCCGUCAUCAGUUCUGGCAUUGAUGAUGCUGUCGCUGCAAAGGGCCACACGCCAUCUGCAGGCUCCACGUUUUACGUUCGUCUAUGGUCCCAUCCCGCAAAGGGCCUUAGCUUACUUGAAGGCAUUUUGGCCAACUCAGAAGCCUCUCAAGAGGGGGCCAGUGGCCAGUCAGACACUUCAGAGAGAAGUGAAGAUAGCGAUAGCGAAGCUGUACUGCAAGUCCAGGAAUACUCGCGUAGGCUGCGAAGGCAGCAGCCAGAGAAGCACCUCCUCAUCACAAGAACUCUUUCGUGGCCAGAGAACAAAGACCCGGAGAACGUUAAUGAAGCCCAACAAUUCGUCGACGUCGCUAGUGUGCCGGAGAGGCAUGUUGCUGAGGAUGUCGUGCCGUUUUUAAAGAGACUUACCUACUCCACUCCGCAUGCUUACGGGCAAGCCUGUCAGCGGCUUGGGUGGACAACACCACGUUUACCUACUACCCCAGAGGAAGCCGAAGCCUUUGUGGCUGCCCUACGCGAUGUAAGAGCACUUCAAGGGCCCGUUAGGAAGUGGCUGGCUGAUCUUGGCGAGUCUGUUAGCAGUUCCACAACGUGGAACCAAGUAAAGGCAAUCAUUGACAAGGCUCACGGUGAGUGA